UGUUUCAAGAACUCAGCCUUGAAAGAUAAGGUGUCCUUGAGGUUGUCUUGACUAAAUUACUGUAACUAACCCCCCUGAGCCCCUCUGCAUAACCUUUUCAGGUUCUGGCUGGGGCGUGUGGAGGUCUAUCUCUCUUGCUGGUCACCCAAGACCAGCCUCGCUGCGCUGUGAGCUCCGAGAAACCCUAUGGACCAGGACUAGACUUCUUAGGAAGGAGCGCCAAUUGGUUCGAGAUGGUUCUCCGGGAGGGCAAAGGUCACGCCGACUCUUCAAGCAGUUGCAAAAUGAGCCAGCUGCCCACCAACAGAGGCUGCAGGUGAAAAGAGUUGUAGGAAGAACGUGGCCUGGAGCAGGAGGCCUAGGGGGCGGGGCGAGUCCCUGCUCCUCCCCGCACCUCCUAUUGGCUGAGCCGGGGCAGGUGACACCGGGCAGGUGCCUCGGGCAGCAACCACGGGAGCUCCGCCAAGUGUAAAAGGCUUUUGGCGGGACCACCCGGAGCUGGCGGGGCUGCCUGGCAAGUCCACCAACGUCUCGCUAUUUGCUAACGUGACCGGCGUUCAGUGUCCCGAGUGGGAGGAUGUGACUCUCAGAAGACCAGAGAAACAGGCUGCUGAGUGGAAACAGGAUUGUUUUGGAAAGGAAGGUCUUGGUCUGGGUUGAAGGACGGAAAGACAGCAAUCCCUUUCUGCAGCGCAGAGCUGAAAUGGCUCCUCAGACAUCUCCCAUGCCUCCAGAGAACCUUGAUGGAGACGGUCAUGCUGAGCCAGAAACUAAAUGAACCGGAGAGCAGAUCUGCUGUGUCAUUCUCUCCCCAGCAAGAUCCAAGAAUGAACCAACGGGAGCACAAGGAAUGGGCCUGACAGAAGUCUCUGCCCUUUCCAAGUGUGGGAGCUGGGUCUCCCUCGAUGGGAAUUAGGCUGGGAUGUAUGUCCAGUGAGCCUUAAGGAAAGUGGCUAUGGGCUGAAGCCGGACAAGACAAGACCUGGCCGCCAUACCCCUCUGCUUGCCCCAGUCGUUUUUGGAUAUGCUUCAAGAGGCUGUCUGUUCUCUAGUCCUGAGAAACUAGAAUGUAGGGUCUUUUCUUUGUAAGCUCAUCCAGUAUUCCCAUGGGUUACUUAAUGGAACUCAAUGCACUAUUAGUUCCUGAAAUCCCAACAAUCCCCAACAAUGAGUCAACGGAUGAAAACAUCUCCCUCAUCUGCUACCCAAGUUCCUAACGAAACUCUCGAGACAAAGCCCUAGGGCUCUCCCAUCCCUAUCUCUUGGUACCUCAGAGAGAAUCUCAAAAGGAUGGUCCCAGGACACUUGGGGCAAGGGAGUUGCUUUUCUUGGGGCUGAUAAAUAUCCAAAGCUCUAAAGUCUGGAGUUUAUGAGGUUGAAUUUUUUUUCCUGGGCCAUUUCCCAAGCCAAAGGAAUCACUGUCCUCAGCUUCAAGCAACAUGGCAAUCAUUUGAGGUUUUCUCUGAUACUAGAGAAGCCUGAAUUUUCCUUGCUUUGUACAUUUUAGCUUCCCUGGUACAUGGCUCUUGAACACAAGGUGUUUUUACUGGCUUCCUUUGAAUAGAUUCAGCCCUUUCGAUGACUUUUAAAAAAUCAGUCUGGAAAGUGAUUCCUUCUUCCUUUCGCCGAGGUCAGAAGCAGUGAGUGGCUGCAGGUGGGACUUAAGUGAAAAUGGAGACACGAGAGAGGACAUGACAGUAAUCUUCCACUAUCGGGCUGAAAAGGAAAUAGAAGCGUGGAGGGAUGUUUUUGGCUAAAGAUCCAGAAUCCAAGAAAACAGAAAGUGCUGUAAAGUGUUGCUCUUCUCAGUGAUAUGGAUUCCACAGAGGUAGGGAAUAGGGAGAGAAUGCAAACUGGUUUCUUCAAAGGUCCCCAGUUUAUAAUUCUGAAGGAAUUAGAAAAGAGAGGCUCGGCGUCUACUCAUGAGUCAGCCUACCCGUGAAAAUUCACAGCCAAGCACAAGCUGGAAAACACGCAAAUACACAGGGGACUCGAGAACCAGUUAGGGAACAACAUGUAGCGACUGACCUACAGUGGGCGGGUGCCCAUCGGCAGGGCCCGGCUCCGUCCGUGCUGAAGAAACAGGGGAAUGUGUCUGGUUGAAAACUCCUGUCGGGAGGCAGUCAGGUCUGAAGCUGUUGAAUGAUUUGUGAAAAGAUGCAGACAAGCGCAACAGGGACAAAGCAAACGCUCGGACCCCUCGGAGCAGAGAGCGAUGUCCCACUUGGCAACGCAGAAGCUAAGACCUUGAAGAAGAUGGUCGAAAUUGUGGCUUCAACGAGGUAGAAGAGGUUGACAGAUUUGUUUCGGGUAAACAAAAAUCUGAGGUUGUAAUUCACGAGAAAGUUCGUCUCAAGUUGAUGAGUUUUCUAUUCCUUUAGCUCCAGCUCCCUCCGAACACCAAACCAGGACACCUCUUCCCAACUUGCCCUGGGUGUUUUCCGCCUCUCACCUACAGGUGCAGGAGGCCCCAUUAACCUGGCACAUCUGACGGGCGGGUCCUUUUUGCCCCUUCUUCUAGUCCUGAGCGGGCGCUGGGUGCUGGCCCGGUCUGACUGACUGAGUCUCCACCCCUUAGACACAGCAUUCAUCGAUGAAGAGAGAGAACCAUACCGCGGUGGGUGAAUUUGUUCUCCAGGGUUUUUCCAGCUUUCGUGAACACAAGAUCAUCCUCUUUGUGAUAUUUCUUACCUUGUACCUUUUAACUCUGGCUGGCAAUGUCAUCAUUGUGACAGUCAUCAGCUUUGCUCGUCACCUGCACACCCCCAUGUACUUCUUCCUUGGUGUUCUUUCCACUUCUGAGACUGUCUACACACUGGUCAUUGUACCGCGGAUGCUUUGCAGCCUCACAGGCCUGAGUCAGCCCAUCUCCUUGGCUGGCUGUGCCACCCAGAUGUUCUUCUUCAUCACCUUGGCCAUCAACAACUGCUUCCUGCUCACGGCGAUGGGGUAUGACCGCUAUGUGGCCAUCUGCAACCCCUUGAGGUACACGGUCAUCAUGAACAAGAGGGCGUGUGCCCUGCUCGUAUCAGGGGCUUGCAGCAUUGGGCUGUUUGUGGCCAUCAUUCAGAUUUCCUCUGUAUUCAGACUGCCCUUUUGUGACAGAGAGGUGGCCCACUAUUUCUGUGACAUCCGCCCAGUUAUGAAACUCUCCUGUGCUGAUACCACUCUACAUGACAUAAUUAAUUUUAUCAUCAGCUCACUCGUUAUUGUGGUUCCCAUGGGCCUGGUCUUCAUCUCCUACAUCCUCAUCGUCUCCACCAUCCUCAAGAUCCCCUCCGCCCGGGGCCGGAAGAAGGCCUUUGCCACCUGCGCCUCUCACCUCACGGUGGUCGUCUUCCACUACGGCUGUGCCUCCGUCGCCUACCUCAAGCCCAAGUCGGAGAACACCAGGGAUCAGGACCAGCUGAUCUCGGUGACCUACACCGUCAUCACCCCCCUGCUGAACCCGGUGGUGUACACCCUGAGGAACAAGGAGGUCAAGGAUGCUCUUCACCGUGCUAUUCGCAAAAACCCUCUUGCUUAGGAUCUAUGGCAGUUUGCCUGUCAUCUUCUGGGUAUUUCAUAAUCUCAAAAAAAAAAAUUGGAUUUAUUCUCUACCCAGAAAAAGUUGCAGGAUGUGGUGGUGGCUUCAGUGAGGAGUCUAGAGUUGCCCUGAC